AUGAAGGCGUUACUGUACUUAUUAUUAGCAUUCGUUCUUUUUGCGCACGCCGAGGAGAACUUUGAAGAUGAGUAUGACCUCGAAGACGAUGAACUUGACUUUGAUGUUGAGGAAGACGACGAGGACGACCUUAUUGAAGACGACGACGAAGAAGACGAACUUGAGUUAGAAGACGAUGAUGAUGAUAUGGAGGAUGACGAAGAAGAUGAAGAUAAUGAAGACGACGAUAUGGAAGAUUUCACUGAUGAUGAAGAGGAUAGAAGACAUCACCAUCACAGAAGAGCUGGACCAUCAAGAAAAAGAAGACAUCAUAGACGUCAUCAUCACCAUCACAGGAGAUUUAGACCAUUUGGGAGAAAGCACAGACAUCAUAGAAGACACCACAAACAUAAUAGACGUCACACCUAUUGGGCUCUCUCAAAGCUCCGCAGACUUCUGAGAAGAAUUAAAGGACGUAAGACCGUCUCUAAGAAGUACAAGGCAAAGAUCAGAAAGUACAAGAAGGCGAUCAAGAAGCACAACAAGAAAGUUGCACUCCGCCGCAAGUUGAAGGCAGCUGGGAAACCGAUGCCCGCGAAACCCGUUGUACAUCGAAGACGACACAACUCGAUGAAGAAGUACAUCAAAAAGUCCCGCAGAAUCUACAAAAGAGCAAGAAAAU